CCAUUAGAUGGCGGCGUGAAUACGAUAGUGCUGCCAAAGCGGUAGAAAUGCGAAACACAUACGAGGAGGCAAGAUGGAGGCGUCGGAUGUUUAUUACAACAAGCAGGAAUAUAUCGAAACGGCUUCUGGGAAUAAAGUAAGUAGGAACUCAGUCUUGUGUGGAAGUCAAAAUAUCGUUCUGAACGGAAAGACAAUAAUCCAGUCGGAGAGUAUAAUCCGUGGUGACUUGGCCAACAUCAGAAUAGGAAGACACUGCAUCAUCAGUAAGAGAGCGGUAAUUAGACCACCUUUUAAGAAGUUUAGCAAAGGGGUUGCAUUUUUUCCUCUUCACAUUGGAGAUCACGUGUUCAUUAACGAAGACACGAUCGUAAAUGCCGCCCACAUCGGAUCAUAUGUGUAUAUAGGAAAAAAUUGUGUCAUUGGACGAAGAUGUGUCUUGAAAGACUGCUGCAUGAUUGCAGAUGAUACAGUUCUUUCACCUGAAACGGUUGUUCCAGCCUUUUCAAUCUACUCGGGCUCUCCAGGGCUUUUUUCUGGAGAAUUACCAGAAUGUACCCAAGAUCUCAUGAUUGAUUAUACAAAAAGUUACUACCAGCAUUUUAGACCAGUAAUGCCAACAUAAAAUUGAUCUGAUACACAUUAUUUAUUCUCCUUUCUUGCUUGGGACCAUUAAGCUUAAAGAGAACCAAAUGCAAGUAAAUGUACAUUGGAUUUUUAAUUAUGGUUAUUAACUAUUAUCAGAAAAUUAAAUUCUGUUCAUGAACUUUCUAAAGAAAUGAUUUCAGUAUGUAAUACACAAAAUAAAUUUAAGGUUACUUUUUAAGAAGUCUAUAGAACAUGAAAUAAAUUGCAGUUCUGUUGUAAUAAUGGCUGCAUGCUGGUGAAGACAACUGAAUCAAAUACAAUAAAUACAUGGUGCAAUCAAAAAGUUCUGAGACCUUGUAGCAACACGAGACACUUCACUGUCAUGAGCAUGCAGCAAGAGAGGCACUUUGCCUUCAUGAGUUAGUAUGCAAAGUGACAAUGUGCUGUGUUGGUUGGAAAUUGUAAAACAAGUUUUUUGAUGAUGUCCUAGUGCACCUGAAACUGAAACAGAGAGCUAACAUCAAAUUCUAUGGUGUGAAAUUUUGGAAAUUGGAAACAGAUCCUUGAAAUGCUUUGGGAAGCCUAAGACAAUGAAACAAUGAACCAAGCAAGGUGUUUCCAAUGGUAUACACACUUCAAAAGGGUCAGAAAUCAAACAGCAAUCUUUUGAAUGGCAAAGUUCACCAGACCAAAGAAGACAAAAUGGCCAUGGUUUUAGUUAUGCUUCAAGACCUAUCAUUUUCUUUGACUUAGAAUUCACUGUCUGAUCCAUGGGAAUGAAUUCUGAGUUUUACUGUGAUGUUCUACAGCAUCUGAGAGAGGACAUUCAAUGCAAAAGACCUCAAGUGUGGCACAAUGGCAAUUAGGUGCUCCACCACAAUAAUGAUCCUUCUCACAUUGUACUCAAAACAUACACACACAUUUUUAGUGAGCAUCAAACUCAUUGUUGCUCCCCAACCUCCAUACUUGCCAGAUCUGGCACCCUGCAAUUUCUUGUUCCAGAAGAUGAAACUUGAGUUGAGGGGUUGCAGUUUUGACAGUAGAGGACAUCCAGCACAAAUCACAGAUUCUGUUCAACAUUCUCUAAGAACAAAACUUCCAAGAAGCACUCUGAGCUUGGCAGAAAAGCUGGAAUCAAUGCAGAAGACUAUUUCAAAGGUUUCUUUUUACAUGCCCAUUCUCAGAACUCUUUGAUUACAUCUCAGAAUUGAAAGUUGGUAGGUGUUUUUGAAUUCUAGAUUAUUAGCAAUAUAACACCCAAUAGGCAUCAAGUAAUAACUUACAUAAAAGAACACAUUAGUUAAAUCUAGAAUAUUUGAUACAUUUUAUAAUGGUAAUUUUCAUCCAGAUACAUCAAUACUAUUUGAAAUGAUUUUAUGCUCUCUUAAAAUUACACAUGAAUAAUUUUUGCCGUCCUCAUGUUGCAUUGCCUCACCUCACCAAAUAAAUUCCAAGAAGUGUCACAUGAGUAGUUUCUUGGGCUCUCUGCCCAGUAAAGUAGCUUUAAUACAGCUGGAUAAGCAAGUUGGUGAUAGUCUGAUUGAAAUGAACUGUUAUUAAUUUGCUUAUCUAGUCUGUCUGUGCAAAGAAUCAACUUGAGAGCUAUGUUACAUGAUAUUGUAUAAGUUAAACCAAUCAACA